AUGAUGAAGUCAGAGUUCGAACUAGAACCAGGAUUAUCGCAUUACGGAUGCAUAGUUGAUCUGUUGAGCCGUGACGGGCAGCUUAAGGAGGCCAAUAAAGUUGUUAAAGAGAUGCCGAUGAAGCCUAACGUGAUGGUUUGGGGGAUGUGGAAAGAUGUUGAGAGAGUUAGGAAGUUGAUGAAGAAGAAGAAGGUUGCUAAGAUUCCUGCCUAUAGCUAUGCUUCAACGACAAUUUGA